CGUUUAGCUCGAACCACCCGUAUUUUCAAACAGAGCUGCUAGCAUGGUUCAUUUUUUGAAGUUUUGAUCACAUUUUGUUGUAUUUCAUUUCAUUUUUAUCACUUACAUUACUUUAACUACAUUUUGUAUGCCCGGGGAAUUCUGCCACACUAUGGUGGCUCAGGACCGCGAUCGAAGCCGAGGAGCUGAUGGGCACGGAGAGCAGGGGAUUCGGACACAGGUGCCAGGUGCAAGCGUCGGGGAGGACCGCGCCAUCCUGCUGGGCUGCACCAUGAUGGCCUUCUCUGUGUUCAUGUUCUUUGUAGUCGGCAUCACAAUGAUCAAACCCUUUGUUAACAGUGGCUGGGAUGAUGGUAAUGCCAGCUGUGUGCUGCAGAAGAGUGAGAUACUGGAGGAGUGGGUGGACUGCAGAGGUGUGAGCACAGUGCCGUGCCUCAAGGCGACGGUGACGGUUUACUUCAAUGGCUCCACCGAGGAGGCCGUGCUCCACUUAAAUGAGGAUUCUGUUCUCCUCGCGACCGAGUGUUUCUACAUGCCCAAAUGCCAAAUGGACAGAAAAGCACUUCAGGAUCAAGUCCAGAAAGUGAACGGCAGCCUGGACAGUCUGCUCGGGAACAACACCGCAUGUUUAACUGAUCAGACGAGGUACCCCAACCACGCCAUCUUACGCAGGAAGUACACUUUGCAGAUGGUCCUAUUUGCACUGCUGUGGCCCUGUAUACUUCUGGGCGGUGGAGCUCUGCUGGUGGGCCUUGUGAAACUGACUCAGUGUCUAGCCCAUCUGUCCACAGAGGUGAUCAGUGAAGCUGCAGGGGGCCGGCUGACUUCAAGAUACACUCAGGGCAAACUGUACAGGCUGCUCCGUAGGUCCAGCGCACAAUCUCCCUCAUGACAUGUCCAGAGCUUAAGUUGUAAUAUGUCAAAAAAUGCCAUUUUUGUAAGCCUUUUAACUGGUACAUAUCCAGUUAUCUAGUGUUGAUUUGUAAAAGGUUAGUCAAAGUAAAAUGUUGGUCUGAAGUGUGAGAAUUGAAAAUCUAUACAGUUUUUGCCUCCUUAUUAAAAAGUGCCUUCCUCUGUUAUUAAAUAGACACUGAUGUCCAAAUGUUGGCAGAAAGAAACAAAGUCUGCUUGAACAGCCACACCAUUCAUGAUGUUUCACACUCAGUCAGCACCAAUUAGUACCUCUCAUGUUUAAUUAGGCAUAUAUUCAAUAUUUGUUAAGUGUCGAGCAGGUAGCGCUCCAACUUUCUCGGGCCAGGGAUCACUUACAGGAGAGAAGCAUUCCAAUGCUCUCCUGAUAAUCCAAACACUGAUUUAUCUAGCCUGGGCUCUGGGUCACUGACUAAUAC